CCAGCUUCUAAGCAACCCCGAAACCAGUCUGAAUUUGCUUUCAUCAACCUUAACAAGAAGAGCUAUGUACGGACAGGUAGUUGUCGGACCUCCAGGAAGUGGCAAAACCACUUUUUGCGACGGCAUGCAACAGUACCUUCGGCUUCUGGGUCGGGAUGCGUGGGUUUUGAACUUAGACCCUGCGAAUGAAGGGGGAUCUGUAAAUGGCGGAACGGGAACGACCGAAGAAAAUGUGGACGAAAUCGAAUCAAAAUCACAAUUGCCGUACGAAACUAUUUUUGAUGUCUGCGAAGAAGUUGUUAAUCUUUCCUCCGUUAUGAAAAAAACAGGCCUGGGGCCCAAUGGAGGACUAAUAUAUUGCAUGGAAUAUAUGGAGGCGCAUGUCGGCGAUAUUAUUCUCAAAAUUAAUGAGAAACUGAAAGAAAAGACAUACCUUCUCAUUGAUCUCCCUGGACAAGUGGAGCUGUACACACAUUCCACAUGUGUACAGCAGCUAUUGAGUAAAAUGAUUAAAGCUUGGGACCUGCGAUUGUCAGCGGUGCAGCUUAUUGAUGCGCACUACUGCACUGAUGCAUCCAAGUUUCUUUCGGCGGCUAUGUUGGGAACGACAACCAUGCUGCGGCUCGAGCUUCCAACCGUGAACGUACUUAGUAAGGUGGAUUUGUUGUCCCGAUACGGUGAUCUACCGCUGCAGCUAGAAUUCUUCACUGAGUGCCAUGAUCUUGAAAGACUGGUCCCUUUUCUCGAGCAUCAAGCCAUGAAUCAUUCAAAACACGACAACGAAUAUUCGAGUUCCGGAACCUCUAUAUUUUUCCAGAAGUACGCCAAGCUUCACAAUGCUUUAGCCGAAGUUGUAGAAGAUUUCGGUCUACUCUCGUUUCUCCCAUUAAAUAUAACAGAUGCUGGAAGCGUUGGCCGUGUAUUGGCGAAAAUCGACAAAUGCAAUGGCUAUGUAUUUAUGGAAGGGUCCGUCCCGGGGGAU